UGACAAACCAAAUGUAAACCACUUUUUUGAAUGCCGUUUACAACACGUGCUCUGAGUUUGUAUUGACUUAACCCGUGAUUAUCACCGCAUUUACCUCCGAAGCAGACAUCGUCCGCCGGAAUGGGAAUCACCAAACAGUACCUCCGAUGGCAACCGGGACCAGUGUUUGGGUGCAUCGGGUCCCAGAGCUCAGGCAUCCUAUACCUACCGGCGCUCACCUCCAGACAUGACGCUCGGGAACGGCUUGUGGUGACCGGCGUUUGCGAAUCAGCCGUCGUUUGGGACACGAAGACCGGUGAACAGGUGCUCACCUUAACUGAUCCGCAGUGCAAAUCCCAAGUGACAGCACUGGCAGCCAAUGGACAGACAGGACUGGUAGCCAGUGGUCACUCGGACGGCACCAUAAGACUCUUCGACGCCAACUCCGGUGAUCUUAAAGUGACGUUUUCGGGCCAUAGAUCACACGUGACUGCACUGGCGUUUGAUGGGAACGGUAUGCGAUUGGCGUCGGGAGGCAAAGACACGGAGAUUGUGGUCUGGGAUGUGACCGCAGAGUCGGGUCUCUAUCGCAUGAAAGGACACAAAGGAGUGGUAACUAAAGUGCAGUUUAUGGCCACUCAUGAGCUGUUGGUGUCCUCCUCGACCGACACGUACGUCAAGUUCUGGGACUUACAGACACAGCACUGCUUUAAGACACUCGUUGGCCAUCGCAGCCAAGUCUGGAGCUUUGCGGUGAUGUCUGAUGACAGACGACUCAUUAGUGGUGGCAGUGAUAGUGAGCUUAAAGUGUGGAAUAUUGUCCACAAAGUCGAUGAUCCGGAUGACUUCACAUCCAGAUUAGCAGCACUUAAGCUUAAGACAACGGGCGAUACCAAUGAUGACGAUAACGAAGAGGAAUUGGCCGAAGAGACGGAUGUACUGAUUGUGGAGCGCGUGGGCGCUGUUAUGCGGAACAGUACUCAACGGUUGAUCGAUAUCUGUGUCGAUGAGACGGAACGGCUGCUCAUCUGCGCCGCCAAAGACUCGUCCGUCGAGUGCUUUAAACUGAAAACCGCUGAUGAGAUCAAGAAGUCUAUCACCAAACGGCUGAAGAGAGCGGCCAAACGACAUCUUAAAACCGGAACCGAUGACAAGGAACAGGAUUUAGAGGACAAUAGCGCCCAUCUGUCGGUACAGACACUGACCGAUGAGAUCGAAAGACUGGAAGCCAUCAAAACGAGUGGAUCUAAAGUGAGAUCAUGUGAUGUGUUGGUCCUCAAGAAUGAUAUCAUCAAAGUGUGCGCCCUAUUGGCCGAUAACUCAGUGGAAAUGUAUUCGUUUAAGGCGUCGGCGCCAACCGCACCCGACCUCUACGGCGGGCUUAGACUCCAGGGCCACCGGACGGAUGUGCGAGCGGUCAGCAUAUCGUCGGACAGUCACUCGAUAGUCACCGUUAGCUCGGAUGCGGUGAAGGUGUGGAACAAAUCCAGCGCCAAAUGCGUGACAACCAUCACAGAGGGCGUGGAGUAUAGCCUGUGCUGUGUGUUCGCACCGGGCGAUCGUUACGUACUGGUGGGCACCAAAACCGGUAAACUACAGGUGUUUGACAUCAAUAGCGCACAACUGGUGCACAGCAUCGACGCGUCGGAAGACUUACUGCCCGUGUGGUCCAUGUGUUUGGCGCCGGGAGGUCAGGGACUCGUCACCGGCUGCGAGGAUAAGUUAGUGAAGUUCUGGUCGUUUGAGUUACUGUUGGAUACCGUGUCGAACACCCGUUCCUUGCGACUGGAGUGCCGGCGGACCCUUAAGAUGGAUGAGGGGGUGUUGUGCGUGAGGGUCAGCCCUAACGGCAAGUUUGUCGCCGCGUCCCUAUUGGACAGCACUGUUCGCCUGUUUUUCUACGACACACUCAAGUACUUCCUGUCACUGUAUGGCCACAAAUUCCCGGUGCUAUCGAUGGACAUAUCGUCGGACAGUCAACUGAUAGCUACCGGCGCCGCCGAUAAGAACGUGAAGAUAUGGGGAAUGGAUUUCGGGGACUGCCAUAAGUCGGUGUUCGCGCACGACGACAGCGUAACGGCCGUCCAGUUUGUACCCAAAACACACUACUUGUUCACCGCCGCGAAGGACAAGCAGAUGAAGGAAUGGGACGCCGAUAAUUACGAGAAGAUACAGGUGCUGAGUGGGCACCAGUCGGAAGUGUGGGCGCUGGCGGUCGCCCCUAACGGCAAGUUUGCGGUGACGACCUCUCACGACAAGACGCUGAGGUUAUGGCAGAAAACGAGCGAACCGUUGGUGUUGGACGAGGAACGGGAGGAGGAAAGGGAGAAGGAGUUCGAUGAGGGACUGUUCGCCAACGAGGAGACUGUGAUCGCCGGCGAGAGUAACACAGAGACAGCCCUUCCCUCCAAGAAAACUGUGGAGACAUUGAAAGGCGCCGAACGAGUAAUCGAAGCGCUGGAUGUCUAUCGCAAAGAACUGGUUGUACUUCGAGAGUACGACGAGAAGUGUAAGGCCUGUGCGGCCAGGGGUGAGCCCGAGCCCUCUCGACCCAUACCUAACCCCCAACUGAUGUACUAUAAGACGGAGUGUCCCCAUCGGUUCACUCUGGAGGUCGUGAAGAGGAUUAAGUGGAAUGAGUUGGAGGAGACUCUACUUACUCUGCCAUUCAAUUAUGUGAUUCAGUUGCUGGAGGUGUUGGCCCGGCAUCUGGAAAGGGGUUGGGAGGUAGAGCUCACCUGUCGAUGCGUUUGCUUUAUAUUGCGGGUAAACUUCGGCCAAAUAGUGUCGACCCCUAAGCUGUGGCCGACAUUGGAUCAGUUGCGACGACUUAUGAAUGAAUCGGUGGCUGACCUUAAGGAUAUGGUGGGCGUAAAUACGGCUUCCCUUCGCUAUUACCACCAGAUUCUCGAUAGUAAUGAAGAGGAUAUGGUGGGCGUAAAUACGGCUUCCCUUCGCUAUUACCACCAGAUUCUCGAUAGUAAUGAAGAGGUUUCGCUGUUUAAGGAGGCGUUCAACAAACAGGCGGAUAGAAAGCGGAGGCGUACGGCUAAAAACAGCCGUACCUCUGGUGCACCCAUACUCACGUGGAAUUGAAUGAUUAUUUUUAGUUUAUUUAUUAGUAUUUGUAUUAAAAAUUUGAUAUUAAAAAUGAUUUUUCUGGUUGUUUCUUAUGAUAAAUGAAUUGAUUUUUAAAUUUUAUUUGAUAUAAACUGUUGGGCAAAAAGGCAUUGAAGUGACUGUGAUCUCAAUUUGUAGGGCUAAUCGCUUACAGUCCACAUCAGUUGGCAUACCAGAGCAUAGCCGGUGGUCUAUCUCUCCCCUCUCAUAAUUA